UCCUCCCCCUUUUCCCCUCACAGAACCGCAACAAUAGGCGGAUUUACAAGGCGGGGGGAUGGGAUGCCAGCGCGUGGCCCGCGUCAACCUCCACCAGGCCACGCCCCCAGCACGAGGCAGGCAGAGAGAGUCCGUUGGCCUCAGGCAACAGCGACUUCCGGCUACAGUUUCAUUCGUUUCCCUCCUUCGCAGAAGGUGUGAAGGUGGCAGCCUUAGGUACAGGCCUUGCGCUCUGUGUGUCGGAGGAUGAGGGACUGCAUGGCAUCCCAAAGUGUUUAAAAAAUGGAAACAAAAAGAAUGAUUGGUAAAUCACUUCAGCCAGCGAGACCUGUGCGACAUCUCACUCCUUAUGUAUCACCAACCAAUUUCAGCUUCCAGACGAUGUUUUCAUGCAGUACUCCUGUACAUUCACCUAAUGAAAUUGGCUCAAUAUGUAAAUCCAACAGACUACUGGUUUUAAAUGAAAGUCUGAUUCCGCGUGUUUCAGAGCAGCACAAACCUGAAGUUACAAAAGCAGAAAGAAUAACCUAUAGUAGAGAUUACCUUUUGAAACUUUCAGAGGUUUCACUUGCUCAAGAGAAACCAGAAUUUCUUCCUGAUCAUCCUGUUGUACUUGAAAAACCAAUGCCAUGGAGCCCUACGACUGCUGCCACCACCUGGAAUAGCCUCCCUGUCCAGCCUGUGGGGUUCCAGGUUUCACCGGGCCUUUUCACACAGACAAACUACUGCUUACUGUCUGAUUCAAGAAAUGAUGUAUCUUUCUGAAGAUGAGGAAUAUGUCCUUUUUCACCACUAAAAAUUAAGGAAAUGUGAUCUAUAAUCGGUUUUAACCUUUAUGGUUAGUGUACAUCUGAAGUAAAACUAUUUUCAAAGAAAAUGUAUGCAUAUCAACUUUAUGUUUUGUUGGACCAAACCAUGUGAGAAGGGAAAAAGCUGUUGAAAUGAGGUAACACUCCUGUGUCAAGUUGAAGUACUAUAUUCAACAUAUUACAAUACACUAUGAUUGCUACUAGUGUUGCAAUGCUGUGAGAAGUUUAUUCUUUUUUUCUGCAAUUGAUCAGAAGAAAUGUAGAAUGAUGGGUUCAUACGACAUGGUUGCCUACCACAGAAAAUGGACAUGAAACCAUAACAAAUUUCUAAACAAAUUCCACAUGAUGUUUGUUUUAAAAGAGAUACACACCUACAUCUAAAAUACUGGCUAAUGUUUUAUACAAAAUAUUUUAAAUUGGUUUUUGAAAAUUUUGGAAUGUAUAACUCCUUCACUGUGAUUAAAUUGCAUCACUUUUGUAAUGUUAUAAUCACAAAUAUGUGUUCAAUGCAUAUAUAAGUUUGUAUUUAUACUUCUGUUACUCCACAUGACCUUCCCCUUUUCCUGCCCAGUUCUUGGCAUUUCUUUGUAGGUGAUAUUAUUUAAAUAACUACCAAGAUGCUUUAAGGUAAAAAUGACCUGAUAAAUCUUUAUGUCUCUCUGUCUGAGUAUAUCUUUCAUUUACAAUGUUAUAUUUUAGUGAUCAAGGCAUGCCAUUCCUACUCACUUAGGAAGGAAUGCCAUGCUCACUAAAAGUCAACAUGAAUUUCUCAAAAACAAGUCAUGCCAGACCCUUAUUUCUCUGUUUCUCUCUUUUGAUAGUGUUACAGGUUUGAUAAAUGAUGGGGAUGCUGUAGAUGCUACACACCUUGAUUUCAAUAAGACCUCUGACAAUAUUUCCUAUGACAUUCUCCCAAAGAAGCUAGCAAAAUGUGAGCUAGACAAUGCUGCUUUUAGGUGGAUUUGGAAUUGGCUGACUGUCCAUACCCAAAGGGUGCUUCCCAUUGGUUCCUCAUCCUGGAGAGGAGUGACCAAGGGAUGCCACGGGUUUCUGUUCUGUGCCCAGUGGUAUUGAACAUCUUAAUAAAUUGUACAACAGAAUAGAAGGCAUGCUUAUCAACUUUGCAGAUGACACCAAAUUGAGGGGGGGGGAGGGGUAUCUAAUAUCCCAGAGGACAGGGUCAGAAACCAAAAAUUCAGAUCAGAGAACUGGGCCAAAACUAACCAAAUGAAUUUCAACAGGGAGAAAUGUAUAGUACUAGAAUUCGGCAAUAAAAGUGAAAUACACAGGAUGGAUGACACCUGGCUUGAAAACAGUACUUGUGAAAGGGAUCUAGGAAUCUUCAUAGACCAUAAGCUUACUAUGAGUCAACAGUGAGAUGUGGCAGCUAAAAAAGCCAAUUCUAGGUUGCAUCAAUAGAAGUGUAUAGUAUUUAGAUUGAGGGAAGUCAUGGUCCCACUCUUCAGCAUUAAUCAGAUCUCACUUGAUGUAUUGUGUCCAGUUCUGGGCACCACAGUUCAAGAAGAACAUUGAGAAGCUGGAAGGUGUCUAGAGAAGUGCAAUCUAAAUGAUAAAAGGCCUGGAAGCCAUUGGGUAGCAUCUUAGGGAGCAGAGUAUGUUUAUCUUGGAGAAGAGAAGGUUAAGAGGAGACAUGAUAGGCAUGAUUAAAUAUUUGAAAGGAUGUCAUAUUGAGGAAACAGGCAAGCUUGUUCUCUGCUGCUCUAGAGACUAGGACAUGGAGCAAAGGGUUCCAGUUGCUAGAAAAGAAAUUCCACCUAAACAUUCAGAAGAACUAUCUGAUGGUAAGAGCUAUUCAACUGUGAAAUAUGCUGUCUCGGAGUGUGAUGGACUUCCUCUGAUAGUUUUUAAACAGAGGCUGGAUAGCUGUCUGUUGGGACUGCUGUAAAUGUCAGUUCAUACAAUGGAGUACCAGAAGUGGAAUCUUUGUUAUCAGAUACUUAUUAAUAUAUAUUAAAACAAUCACAAAUUUGUUUGCAAGUUUUAUGUAUAAUCUCUGUAUAUGUGGUUGGGCUGACUUUAUUGAACAUCAAAUUAGUAAGCAAAUGCAGCAGUGACUAUUAUAAGCAAUAUUAUGUUAUAUUCUGCUUGAUUUCUAAACAUUCACAAGAUACAGUACUUUACAAAUAGUUAACACUUAUAAUAAAAAAGAUAAAUAAACCAAAAAACAGUCAUAUGAAACAAAAGAUCAGUUUACACCAUUCCUGAAAGCAGCUGUGAGAAUUUGUACAGUUUAGCUCUGUUCUUAAAUGGGAGCCUGUGUCCAUUGAAGUAAAACCUUGUCAUCUGUUAACUUUAUUGACUUUACAAUGAUUCUGUUAGUGUUCUUUUGGAGUCAUGUACGGAUUAUUAAGUAAUUGUAAUGAAGCUUCUAGUUGUUAUUCAGGACCCACCAGGAAGCUGGAAAAGAAAAUAAUAGAUGGUUAGAAAAUCACGUUCUUUUAGUAGUAUUUUUCUUCUGUAAGUUGAGAUUUUCUGUUGCUGCUUAGAACAUAACUUUACAAUGUGCAGCGUAUUAUUUUCUUUAAAAUCUAAGCACUGACUUAGAUGACCUUAUUAUUUUAUCCUCCCUUUUUACACUGCUUGAAUUAGGGUUAUAAUGCUCCCCAUUCCCAGUGGGAACAAAGAGAUGCAACUUUUGUUCAUGUGAGCAACCCCUAAAGUUUCAAAUUACUUAAAUUUGAACUUACUCCUUGCAAGUCUCCUCAUCAUAAGUAUUCUUGCAUUGUAAAGCAAAUGUGGUUGUAAGUUGUAUUUUGCACAUACUGUUUCCCAUUUAGGGAGACCUUGCCAUUGCAUUGUAUUUGCUAUUCAAUGCAGUUAUUUUGUAUAUCUUGAUUGUUGUCCACUCAGUACAAUUCCGCUUUUAUAUUUA